AUGAAAAUGGAGAGAAGUCUCUAUCUAAAUGGCAAACCAUUGAUUAAUCCUCCAUUGACAAUUGAAGAACAAUUGAACGAGAGACUCGAUAGAACAGGAUACAAAAUUGAUGAUUUAAAUAGAUUGAAUGAAAAACCAGUUUUACAAAUAGUACUUAUUUAAUUUAUGGACUAGAUAGAUCUUGAUGGUCUUACUUCCGGUUACUUGAAUAACAAUCCAGUAUUUUAAAUGUUGAAACAGUAAUUAAUGAAUUGGAAUGAAAAGGUGACACUUCAUAGAGCUGAACAAAUCAAAUUAUAAGAUCCUUUAGUUUCUGACAAUCUCUAUAGAUAACUCAAGAAUUCCCUACUAGAAGUGGUUAGUACAAGGAACAAAAUAUAACAAUAAGAUUUCCUAAAAAAAGUAUCUAACUGGUUCUUUUCUUAAUUACCAAAAUCUUAAACUGCUUCAUUAAAAUAAUCUCUCCUAGAGAAAAAGGACUCGACUCUCCACUUUAUUCCCAAUAUAUACAAUGAAAAUUUGUAUGCUUCUGUCAUUGAAGAUUAUACUCUUAAAUUUAGAUCAGUUCAUCCUGAAUUUGAUCCCCCUGAAGAUAGGGUUAAAAGCUAUCAAAGAAAAAACCUACUAUCAGAUACUAGUACUCGUCCUGGAACUACUCCAGGAGUCUUAGGAAUUUCACAAUUUACUAGACCUCAAACUUCUCAAACUUCUUACAAAAUGAUUGAUUAAGUUGAAAAACUCUCGAGACCUAAAACCAAUCAGUAACAUUCACUUCCCAAAUAAUAAUAAUCUUGGAUGUAUGACCCGACAUUUCCAGUCUUCUAAACUAACGAAGAUUAAUAAUCCAAGUCAACCAGAAGGUAAAUUCAAAGAGAAGAGUCACCUCUGAAAGCAGAUAAACCAACCGACAGAGAUAAAUUAGAUUAAAUAGAAGGAAUCGAAUAAGAACCAGAUGAAGAUGAAGAUUAAUCUCCGGAUAAAUUAGAGGAGUCAAACAAAAAUUUGGCUUCUGACUAAGAAAUUUAGCCAGCAAAAAAGAAAAAAAAAGAAAGACCUGAUAAAUAUAUUAGUAUUGCUCCUACAAAUAAAACCUAUAAGACUGAUCUUGAGACAUAAAAUGCUUACUAAAUUGGAUAAAAUAGUAGAUUAGGAGAAUUUUAAGGGACAUUUCAUCAAUAUGACCCUACUCAAAUUGAAGAUAAAAUGGUUGCGGCCAGACUUAAUUAAUAUUAUACUGAACAAAGAGUCAAAGACGUCAGAGAAUAGAGAGAAGAUAUAGAGAUGGUUUAAUCAAUGAAAAACUGGUCAACUAAUAAAAGUAGAAUUGAUGAAAUGGUACUUCAAUCUGAAUAUUUAACUGCCAUGGGAUCGCAAUAUCCAAAUGUUGGAAUUAAAAUCUCGGAAUUAUAUGAAUCAAAAAAAAUGGAUUUGGCAGAAGAAAAAGCCUAUGCAAAUUAUCUUAACAAAUCUUCUUUACCAAAAGCUAGAAUGGUAUAAAGUGCUGUGCCUAUGGCAAAGAUAGUUUCAAACACUGUCAUACCGACAUAAGUUGAGGAAGAGGCAGAAGAUUUUUAAAGCAAAUAAGCUGAUCUUGAAAAAUAAAUUAAUUCAUAACGACUUCACUUGUUGAAAAUGUCAAGAGGAGCCUGUCUGCCAGGUGGACUUAUAAAUAAUCCUAAUCAAGAAACUAUUUAAAGUAACAGGGUUAUGUCUUCUAGUUGUUUUAAGAGUGCUUAACCUAAAAGAUAAUUUAGUUCUGUUUUAAAAACACAUAGUAUUAAAUAAGAAUUAGAUUCGCAAAUUGGAGAAAUAAAGCAAAUAAAGAAUAGAUUAGCAUCCGCUAAUAAAUUUGUUCCAAUCAAUAUUCUUCAGAAAUCUAUUUUGAUUCCUUAAGGACAUACCAAUCCUUAUAAAGUUCCUCUUCCAAAACCAGGAAUUCUCUUAGCAAACCUUCCAGUUGAUACAAAAUAAAGGAAAGGUAAAAAAAAGAAGACAUAAAAAUGA